UUGGCAUAGUCGUUUGCUUGAUGCAUUUCGUAAUUGGCAAUGGGAACUCAUUGACAUUCGAGCAGAUCCAGGCCCAUAAUUUAAAGGCUCUUGGUGGAUCGAUCAAAGAGGGUUAUUCUCAGUUUUGUGAUUCCGACAUCGACCAAGGAAUUCUUUCUUUCCACGGGGGCGGCGACCCGCAAGAUUGCUCGGUGGAGCUCAUCAGCCAUUCAACCAAUGUGACUUUGCCGCUUCGAGAUAUUCACAAAGUAUUCAAAAGGGACUUAGAUUUCGCGAAGAAAACUAUAAUUUUCAUAAACGGCUUUUUCUCUACCGAACGGAAUUUGAUCCAAAAUAUAAGAAACAUCGCCAAAUGUUCCAAUUUGCACGAUGUCCUGAUCCUGAAUUUUGCACGCUCACUGCAAAUGCUAUACAACACGGCCAUGCACAACAUCCCCGUGUUCGCCUACGCCGUUCUCAGAAUCCUUGACACUUUAGUCCAGAAUAAACUGUCCAAACAUCAAAUAGUUCUUGUUGGGCACUCGCAAGGAGCCCACAUUGCAUCAGCAGCGGCCAAGCUCUUCCAUCAACAACACGCGUGGAGACUUCCUCUUGUAAUUGCUCUAGAUCCUGCCAUUCCAUGUGACCCGAAACGUCAAUAUGUAAAUCGUGAGGUGGCGGAACAGGUCUUAGUAAUUCACACUGACCACAAACAGUUCGGAUUGAAGGAUGCAAUGGGAACAAUUGAUUACUACCCGAAUGGUGUUGACAAACAGCAGCCAGGAUGCAAGGAUCCAACUUGUUCGCAUGAGAAAGCCGUGCAAAUAUUUGCGGAGUCAGUUUGUAAUCCUGGGAGUUUUAUGGCUGUACGUUGCAAGGAUUGGGACGCAUUUCAAAAGAACAUGUGUUACAGAGGAGGAGUAGUACCAAUUGGGUUGAGAAUUCCUCCCGGGACGAAGGGAAAAUAUUACAGCAUGACGAAGAGAGAAGCUCCGUUUGGUCUGGGAUUUUCAGGAAUUUCACCGAAUAAAGUAAAGAGUUGGUGGAAUCACGAUAUAUAACUUAAUGUCCUAGAAAUUCGUCAAUGAGGAGCUUCUAUGAUUUGUAAACUUAAGUUAGGAUGUAAAUACGUG